AUGUCCCCUCGCAUCUUCAUCACCGGAGCAACAGGAUACAUCGGCGGCGAUGUCCUCUACGCUCUCACCGAAGCAUUUCGCUCCUCAAAGAUCAUGGCUCUUGCCCGAAACGAAAGCCGCGCAGCUAUGAUCAGCAAGAAGUUUCCCACCGUGACUCCAGUCAUUGGAGACCUUGACUCCACAACCCAGAUCACAAAUGAAGCCUCCGAGGCUGAUGUCGUUCUCAACCUGGCCAGCUCCAAUCAUCUGAACAGCGCAACUGCUAUCACGCAAGGAUUAACACAAACCAAACGCCAAAACCCAGUGUGGAUCCAAAUCGCUGGAGCAAGCCUCCUCUCUGGCCCCGAUAUUGCGGCGAAUGCCUACGGACAAGCGCGAGCCCAAGAGUACAACGAUCUCCACGGCAUCGAUGAAAUCCGAAAGAUCAUCACUUCUUCCUCAAAACGCGCUGUCGACAAUCUUCUCCUUAAGCUUUCCGCUUCCCAACCGCACGUUCGAACAGCCAUCAUUUAUGGUCCAUUGAUCUAUGGCCGAGGCCGAGGCCCGGUCAACCAACGCAGCAUUCAGCUACCCGACCUUGCAAAAGCAACUCUUCGACAUGGCCAUGGUAUUCAAGUCGGGAAGGGGCUGAGCUGCUGGAGUAACAUCCACGUUUCGGAUCUGGCCAAGUUGAUCGUGUCGUUGGUGCAGAAAGCGACAUCCUCUAGCUCCUCGGGUGCAGGACUGUGGAACCAGAAUGGGAUUUAUUUUGCGGAGAACGGAAAGAUGCCUUUUGGAGAGAUUUCCAAACGAGUGUCUUCGUUUGCUGCCGGGAAGGACUUGAUCAAGAGUCCAGAGGUCCAGGAGAUCGACGCAGAAGCUGCAGACAAAUUGACUGCUCAUGGUGCUGUGCUGUGGGGAACGAACGCUCAGUAUCAGGCCGUUCGGGCACGAGAGCAGCUAGGUUGGAAGCCGCUGGGUCCUAGCUUGGAGGAAGAAAUUCCUAGGGCGGUUUUGGAAGAGGCUUCGCGGCCUGAGUCGAAGAUCUAA